GCAUGGCCGGACGCGGCUGCUUCUCUCGGGCUUCGCUGCGCGCUGCUCGGUCCUUCGUCGCCCCGAGCCGUUCGCGCUCUGCCCCGGCCCCGGCCCCGGCCCCGGCUCCGGCUGCAGCGCUCCCGGACCAGGAUGCCGUCCCCGCGGAUGCGGUCCCCGCGCACGGAACGCACCUCCGCCAGCGCCCGGCGCCGCCGCCCCAGCCGCGGGCGGUGAACUUCUCCGAUGCCCGGGAGGCUUUCCGGAGCAAGACCAGCGGCGAGCUCUUGCGCGGGCUGCUCGUGCUCCGCCUCUGCGCCCUGGAACCGCUGGUGCAGCGCGCCGAGCAGUUGAUGCACCUCAGCCAGAAGCUGCUGGGACAGCAGCUCUUCGAGAAGCUGAUGAAACUGACCUUCUACGGGCAGUUUGUGGCUGGAGAAGACCAGGAAGCCAUCAAGCCUCUCAUCCGGCGCAACCGUGCCUACGGCGUGGGCUCCGUGCUGGACUACAGUGUGGAGGAAGACCUGACCAGCGAGGAGGCCAAGAAGAAGGAACUAGACUCCUGCGUCUCUGCAUUUGAGAAGGAGACAGGCAAGCAAAGAGAGAAACGCUACAGCGUCCAUCACAAGUUUGGGGACCGGCGGGAUGGCGUCACUGGUGCCCGAACCUACUUCUAUGCCGAUGAAGCCAAAUGCGACCGGCACAUGGAGACAUUCCUGAAAUGCAUCGAGGCCUCAGGAGGAAGUUCAGAAGACGGUUUCUCUGCCAUCAAACUCACAGCGCUGGGGAGGCCACAGUUCUUGCUGCAGUUCUCGGAGGUUCUGGUGAAAUGGAGAAGCUUCUUCCACCAACUGGCUGCCGAACAGGGCAAGGUGGGCUUGGCAGCUCUGGAAACCAAGCUGGAGGUAGAGAAGCUGCAGGAGGCGUUGGCCAACCUGGGGAUUGCCACCAAAGCCGAGAGCCACCAGUGGUUCACGGGCGAGAAAUUGGGCCUGACGGGAACGGUGGACUUGCUGGACUGGAAUAGUUUGAUCGAUGGCCGGAUGGAGAUUUCCAAACUCCUGCUUGUUCCAAACCUGAAGACAGGCCAGCUUGAGCCGCUCCUCUCUCGCUUCACCCAGGAAGAGGAGAGGCAGAUGAAGCGCAUGUUGCAGCGCAUGGACGUCCUGGCCAAGAAAGCUGUCGGGGUGGGCGUGAGGUUGAUGGUGGACGCAGAACAGACCUACUUCCAGCCAGCCAUCAGCCGCCUCACCUUGGAGAUGCAACGCCGAUUCAACCAGGAGAGGCCGGCCAUCUUCAACACGUACCAGUGCUACCUGAAGGAGGCCUACGAUAACGUGACCAUCGAUGUGGAGCUCUCGCGCCGCGAAGGGUGGCAUUUUGGAGCCAAGCUAGUGAGAGGCGCCUACAUGGACCAGGAACGAAGUCGGGCAGCCGAAGUGGGCUACGAGGACCCCAUCAACCCAACCUAUGAAAAGACAAGCGAGAUGUACCACAGGUGCCUGGACUACAUCCUGGAGGAGGUCCGACACAGCCGGAAGGCCAAUGUGAUGGUCGCUUCUCACAAUAAAGACACAGUCAAGUUCACCCUUGGCAGGAUGGCAGAUCUUAGCAUCCACCCCUCGGAGAACAAGAUCUACUUUGGGCAGCUCCUGGGCAUGUGUGACCAAAUCACCUUCCCUCUUGGUCAAGCCGGGUUCCCCGUGUAUAAAUACGUUCCCUAUGGCCCCGUGAAGGAGGUCCUGCCUUACCUGUCCAGGAGAGCCCAGGAGAACCGAGGCCUUCUAGCACGAGCAGAGGAGGAGCAGCAGCUGCUCUGGACGGAGCUGAAGAGGCGUCUGUUUGCAGGGGCCCUCUUCAACGCACCGAGCCCCCCUUAAGUACUUCUCCCCAGCUGCCUCGACACUGGGACAGCUUGGACAGAGACCCCAGUUGGACCAAGUCGUGGAUGCUACCUUGUUGGCUGACCAGGUUCUCUCUUGCCCGGUGCCAGGGUAGCAUAGCUUCUCGGG